AUGUCGAGCAAGGCCGCCUUGAAAGCUGUGCGAACAGCUUUGGACUCCAAGGACUUUGAAGCUGCUGCGGAGAAAGCAAAAGAUCUCGUUCAGCAGGAUCCCAAGAAUUACCAUGCCAACGUAUUUCUCGGCUUAGCAUACGACAAAUUGAAGCGCAACGAUGAAUCAGAACAGGCAUAUCUAGCUGCGACUCGCGUGAAGGACGAUGACCGCACCGCAUGGCAGGGAUUGAUCAGCCUGUACGAUAGACUAGGUGGUCCCAAACUGGGCGCCUAUCGCGAGGCUGUCCUCAAGCUAGGGAAGAUACUUGCAGACAGUGACGAGAAGGGACGUGGUCAGGAUGUUGUGGACAAAUACACGAAUCUGGCACGGAAGAGCGGCACCAAAGCUCAAUACAAGAGCGCUCUUGAGCUCCACCUCCCCAACAGUCCAUUGUACAGUUUCCUCGAAGGACGCCUUCCACAUCCCUCCCACACCUACCUCCGUUUGAUCGAGAUCACCGAGGCGGAAGAGAAAGAGUACAUCAACCAUGAGAUUGCUGUUCGCAAGACACGCCUUGGUGCAAAGAAGGAUCAGGUCACACUGGAGGUAAAACGGGAAGCUUUCAAGAAGUUUGGACUGGUCGAGCUCUACCGGGGCAUCAUUGACUGGACCAAUGACGACGCAGUCCGGCGUGAGUAUGAAGAGAAGCUGCUGCAACGCACAUGCGAUGAGCUAGAAGUAGCCUCUUCAGGUGAAAAGGGUGCUAAGCGGGGUGUGGCCCUCCAGUUAGCCCGGGAUAUGGUCAUCAUCAAGCACCCUUUCGAACUUGCUUGGACGGUUUUCCUCGAAUGGCAGGACAUUGAGACCUACAAAGAAUGGGAUGUUGGGAUCAUACGGGAGUUCAUUGAAUUCUUCCCGGAUAACGGCCUUGCCAAGGUGCUCAAGGGAUUCCUUGCCAGCGAAAUUUCACCAUUUGAGAAGGAAGAGUCAUCGGACGAGGAUCUAGACACCGCAUCCGUCAGCAAAGACACCGAUGUCACCGACAGUACUGGCGAUGUUGCUGCUCAGGACCGAUUGAUUCUGAUGGCUGAGGGACUUGACAUGGCUCGUUCCUCGCCUAUCGCACAUCGAAUCAUGGCUGAUCUGUACCUCAUGAUGGAAGAGUACGAAAGCACAGUUGAUGUGACCCGAAAGGGUCUGCUCAAUGUCAAUGAGCUCAUCAGAAACACUGGUGUAAAACUUACUCAUACGCGUGAUGCAUUGAAUAUCUCUCUCGCCAACUCUUUGAUCUACUAUCAAUCUCCUCGCUAUCACCCGGAAGCCAAAGGAAUCUUCGAAGAAAUCUUGAAGAGGAAGCCAAAAUCCACGAUUUGUCUGCUCGGUAUUGGUUUGGUUUUGAAGGUCGAUGAAGACUAUCCGGACGCGAUCGACUUUCUAGACCGCGCCCUGAGGCGUGAUCCCUCCAAUAUCAAGAUCCGUGGUGAGCUUUUUUGGUGCAAGGCACUGAAUGGUGAUCUAGAGGCUGGCCUGGAUGGUCUCUUAGAUUCUCUCGCAAGUCUGCAGGAGGAACAACCCAACAACAGGGCCUUCAAGUCUGAACUCCUUUAUCGUGUUGGCUAUUGUCAAUGGGAGCUAGAUCCGUCUCCAGCUGCCAGGAAAGAUCGGAAUGGCGCUUAUGCGAACUUCCUUGCCUCCAUCAAAGCGGACAUGAAUUUCGCUCCCGCGUAUACCAGUCUUGGCUUGUAUUACGCAGACUACAAGAAGGAUAAGACCAGAGCACGCAGGUGUUUCCACAAAGCGUUUGAACUGUCUUCAUCGGAAACAGAAGCAGCCGAACGCCUCGCCAAGGGAUUCGCCGAUCAGAAGGAGUGGGAUCUCGUGGAAGUGGUUUCUCAGCGAGUGGUUGACUCUGGCAAGGCCAAACCUGCACCAGGGUCCAAGCGUAGAGGCUACAGCUGGCCGUACGCGGCACUUGGGAACGUGCAGAUCAACAAGCAGCAAUACUCCAAGAGCAUCGUCUCGUUCCAGGCGGCUCUGCGGAUUUCCCCUGGUGAUUAUCAUUCCUGGGUCGGUCUAGCCGAAAGCUAUCACCAUUCCGGACGAUACGUCGCUGCCACAAAGGCAUUUGAGCAUGCUCGAAGCCUAGAAUCAAACCUUUCUAGCGAUGAACAAGACCAGAUCUGGUAUGCACGGUACAUGCUUGCCAACGUCAGGAGGGAGUUGGGUGAAUACGACGACGCUAUCGCAAGCUACGAAGACGUUUUGAGCACCCGGCCCAAUGAUGUUGGUGUGACGAUCGCGCUUCUCCAGACACUGGCCGAAAGCUCAUGGAAAAGCUUGGAUACGGGUCUAUACAACCAUGCAGCUGAGCUUGCCUGCAAAGUCAUCGAGGUGGCUCGCUCACUGGCCGUUGUACGGAGCGACAUCUUCAAUCUGUGGAAGGCAGUCGGUGAUGCCUGUGCAAACUUCUCUUACAUCAAGAAGAAGGCCGAGAAACUCUCGCUUACUGACUGCAAGGCUUUGUUGUCUACUGAACUGGAUCCCGUUGCUCUUGAUAUCAUGACCGAGGUUGAUGGCGUAGGUAUGAACUGGCUCGAGUCCAGUGAUGCGCAAGAUCCCUCUUCAUCUGAUUCUUGUCUUUAUCUAUCUAUCCUGGCAUACAAGCGUGCGAUCCAUGUUUCCUUGCAAGACACACACGCUCAGGCCGUGGCUUGGUACAACCUUGGCUGGGCCGAAUAUCGGGCCUACCGAAGUGUGCAAACUGGCUCUGGUAACAUGGCCAAGAAGUCGCGGAAAUUCCUGAAGACGGCAAUGCGUUGUUUCAAGAGAGCAAUCGAGCUCGAAGCCGGCAACUCGGAGUUUUGGAACUCGCUCGGCGUUGUCACCACAAGCAUGAGCCCCAAGGUGGCGCAGCACGCCUUUGUGCGUAGUCUGCAUCUGAAUGACAGGAGCGCACAAGUCUGGACCAACCUCGGAGCGCUGUACCUCCUUCAUAACGACAUACAACUUGCCAAUGAGGCCUUUACCCGUGCUCAGUCGACAGAUCCGGACUACUCACAAGCCUGGGUUGGCCAAGGUUUCCUUGCACUUCUCUUCGGAGAUCCGAAGGAGGCGCGCGGUCUGUUCGAGCACGCAUUCGAUAUCGCAAGCUCCUCCGUUAUGCUUCCGAAGCGCCAGUACACAGUCACUCUUUUCGACCACCUUCUCUCUGACCCAACCUCGUCCAACGAGGUCUCCGAGCUCAUUCAGCCCUUCUUUGCCCUCCAUCAGCUGUGUGCCCAAGACCCUUCAGACCUUCCGUUCAUGCAUCUUUCUUCAUUGCUCGCAGAGCGAAUGGGCGAGACUGCCGAUGCCGAGUCUAGCUUGGAAGUUGUCUGCUCAGGCAUGGAGGCGGAGUUCGAAGAAUCUGAAUCCCCUGCCUCUCUUUCAAAGUUCGCACAGGCAAACGCGGAUAUGGCUCGCGUCCUGCUUGCACGUCACGAAUUCGAACAAGCUGCAGAGAAGGCCGAACUUGCGCUCACUCUCUCCGGUGAGGAAGAUGCCGAGAAAUUCGAUCCCGAGGCAUGCAGCAAGCUUCGUCUCUCGGCACACUUGACCGCUGGUCUGGCAUACUACUACACUCAGUCAAUGGAUCAGGCCAUCGAUAUGUUCCGCGACGCUCUUCAGGAAGCAAACAACGCUCCUGAUGUCGUGUGCCUUCUUGCUCAGGUUCUCUGGGCCAAAGGUGGCGAGGAGGAACGGUCGGUUGCACGACAGCAACUGUUCGAUUGCGUGGGAAACCACCCCAAUCACAUUGGUGCCAUCACCCUCCUUGGAGCUAUUGCACUCCUUGACUCGGACAGAGACGCCAUCGAAGCCGUCGAGUCCGAUCUCCACAACAUGAUUACACGGGAUGACAUCGACAUCCACGACCGUGCCAAGCUACUGAAGCUUCUGUCUGCAAUCUCUGCGAUGGGUUUAAACGAAAACGCUGCCCUUCCCGAGGACUUGCGACAGAUCGGAGAAGCUACCGCAGCUGUCAUGCUGUCUCCAGGCCAGCCCCAGGGCUGGAUGGAGUUGUCUGCCGCAUCGGAGAGCCCUUACCCGGCUGAAAUGGCCAUUCAACGGGCCCUGCGCUGUGUGCCUCCGCACGGCAACCUUGAGGCAGCCGAUCUCAGCCAGGCUUAUGCUCAAACAAACAAGACUGGAGACGCAUUCCGCGCUAUCAUGGUUGCGCCAUGGAAACGCGACGGAUGGGAAGAGCUGAAUUAUAGUCUGUCCAGCCAGGCAUAG